UUUUCGGUCUAACUUUUUUCUUAUUAUUUAGAGAUAUAGUCUGCAAAAAGAAGAUAAUAGCCUACUUUGCAGAGAUAUCUAAAAUAAAGAUUAUGGUCAGAAGCUGACCUUCGGAUUCGGAAACGGCGCAGAAAAAAAAGCUCUCACUCCAAAUACACAGAGCUGCAACCUUGAGGGAGUGGAGUUUGUCAGCGGAGGGGAGGGAGAGGGGGGAGUUGUCGGCUUCUCCCUCCAGACGUGCAUCAUUUCAGCUCCUAUGGCAGAGAUGAAGACUACAGCACUGCGGGAGUAGCGUCAGUCGCCGCCUAAAAGAAGUUGACUUUUCUUCACUUCAAAUGAAGAGGGGUAUUUUUUUUAAUGUGUCUGAUAUCUAGAGGUAACUCAGACUUUCAGCUGUUUCUGGGGGUGACACCUGUCCACCUUGAAGGCGUGAGGAGGUCGGUUCGGACGGAUGGAACUCGUUGGUGCCGGAUCUCGGAUCCAACGCGGAGGCAUCUUUUGCUGCAUUCAUGAUGAUCUGAGCGUCACCUCUUGGUGCUGAUAGAGGCAACCCUCCUUUCUCUCUCUCUCCCUCUCCCUCUCUCUCGCUUUCCCCUCUCUUUCUUUCUCACCGGUUCCCCUCCCUGUCCGUGUUCCUCUUUUCUUUUCGCGGGUUCAUCCCAGACUGCCCAGUCAGUCAGUCAGCCCCCCUUUUUUUUCCCGGCGCCGGGGAAGCUGGUAGCGAUGGGGUGGCUCAAUUUCAGCACCAAGGAGAGCGCCGGACUUUUGCUGCUUUGUGUGUAUGGUGUACUGACGCUGUCCGUGGUGCUGGCGGAGCAGGAGGGAGAGAACCUCUCCGGGCUCUCAGACAACCCGGACAAAGCCAUCUUCGCGGUCCGCGAAAACGGAACGACGUGCCUGAUGGUGGAGUUUGCCGUCAAAUUCCUCGUGCCAUAUGACGUGCUUGCGCUUAAUGGGAUAGACCUCAUCACAGAGCAGGCAUCCUUCACACUACCCCGUGGGGCAGAAAUCCAGGGGAAAUGUGGAAGCACAGAGUCAGAGAUCCACAUCUCCUGGAGGAACAACGCUUAUAUGCUCCGCAUUUACUUCUCUAAGGAGUUUCGUGAAAAGGGAAUUGAGGUGUGGAAGAUCAACAAAAUCCAGUUCGUCUACGACACCUCGGAGACAUCCCACUUCAUCAGCGCAUACAACCCUGGAAAGCACACAGCUAGCACCCACAAGCUCUCAGCCCUGGUGACCCCAGCCGGGCGCUCCUAUGUAUGCACAGCUCAGCAGACCGUCACCCUAAUCUCCAGCGACCACCAGAAGGGCAUCACAGUCUCCAUGUACGACAUCCAGAUCCAACCCUUUGACAUCGCUUCUGACUUCAUCUUCAGCACACCUUAUAAGUGCAUCACAGACCAGCGAGAACACCUAGAGGAGACCCUCCCCCUUAUCCUGGGUCUUAUUCUUGGUCUGAUAAUCAUCAUCACGCUCACCAUCUACCACUUCCACCUCAAGCUGACAGCGAAUCAGCCACAGCUCCCAAGAGAUCGCUCUAUGUACAAAAACAUGUAGUCCUGCUUCAGCAGCACCUUCAACUUCCUGCAGAGCUCUCCUAAUGACAGAUCUGUCUCCUCUAUGUCCUGGCCUGUUACACCCCUGAUGAUAGUGUCCUACUACAUCGGACAAAGUCCCUGAUUUGAAUAUGUGAUUUAUUGAACUGUUUAAUUAAGAGUUUUUUGGACAUUGUGGGACACAGUAAGGGUGUAUUUGGAGGGCAUACCCAUUCACAUCUAAUUAAUAUCACUGCAGGAUGUAUACUCUGUGCCAUAUUUAGUCUCUAAAGUGAGUAGAAUUUUUCAGGAAAAUAUUUUCCCCCCAAACUUUUCCCAAACUGGUUUCUAACUUGCACAACAUUUUGAUCCAACUUGUCUUUUAAAUAUUUCUAAACCUCCUGAUCAUUUAGCAGUUAUCCUGCUCUCUCUAUCUCUCCCAUAGUUGCUACUGGACUCCAUUUGCACUUAAAAAUGUUAUUCUUUUUUUAAAAAUUCUCAUCUCUGUGCUCAUACAUCCAGAAUGCAGCCGUGGUGUUGACAGUGGACCGUCUUGUCGUGUACAGUGCAGUUUUGCUUUGUUAUCAGACCCUCUCUCUGCCACAAUGUAAGAAAUAAAUAAAAAGAAAGAAAAAUAUAAAAAGGCAGAUACAGAAAAAAAACCUUUAUAACUUGAAAAGAAAGAAAGCAGAUAGUACCUAUGGGAAUGUGGAGAGGUUAAAAAAUAUGUGUAUAUUAUUUUUCAAGUGAAAGUCUAUGCAUAAACCUCUGCUGAUGCAAUCAUGUGCAGUAUUCUGUUCUGUUUGAAAUAAAUUG